AUGGCUAUGGCUAUGGCUUUGGUUGCACCACCAGCAGAUCGUUAUUUGUGUUUGUCAGCAAUGAUUUAUUUUUAUGAUCGAUUAAAACGUAAUGAUAAUGACUUAUUGAUCGUUGGUUCUCAUUAUGCAUUUUUGGCACAAGGUUUUAUUAUCGAUCAAGCACCAAUUGGAAAAGAAGAAGUAUUGGUUUUUGAACAUGGCGAUACUAAUCCGUAUUACAUCGUCAAAUAUGUCAAAGAUACAAUGGUUGUUGAAACAAAACAUUCAACCGAUACAAGAGAUUAUUAUUUAACAUUAAAAAUUGGUGACAAAAUUGAUGAUGAUUUUAUGCAUAUUGCCACCUAUUUAAAUCAAGGGUUGUUUAAUGCAAAUGCUUUAGUUAGUCACGUAAUGGAUUUUAUCAAAAGUUCAAUGGAGGAUCAUAAAAAGGAAAAAAUUGCUAAAGCAACUAAAGAUGAUCAAGGCAAAGAUGAAGGUGGUAAAGGUGUUACCGAUAGUGCUACACAUAGUUCAACUUCAACUGUUAAGGAAAUCGCUGCAAUUAAUUUAGCUAAAUUUCGUAAAGUUCAAACAGAACUUGAAGAUUCAGCUGAACGUGCUGAUUUAGCUGAAAAUCAACUUGGUAAAUUACGUGCCAAAAAUCGAUCAUCUGUUAGUGCUAGUCGUACUUCUCCAGCUCGUGAAUUACGAGAAACUACUACAACAGUACGAGCAACAUCAGCACUUCGUGCUGGUUUAGUUCGUCAACGUUAA